GCACCUCGGCUCCAGUGCGCUGCUGCCUCUCAGCGUACAGAGCAGCAUCCAGUGGACCGGUCUGUCCUCAAGAUUGGUCUAUUUAGUUUUAUGUUAAGGUCUAUGAAUUCAUGUCACAGUAAGAUUAGUCAACAUUUUCUACGGAUAACACACAGAACCCGUUUGAGAAAAGCCAAGACGAAUCGAGGGCGAGUGGGAGUUGAGAGUUUUGACAACGAUCCCUCUGGUCUGCCUUCACUCUGCUCGUUAGCUUUUGCCAAGAUAGUUAUUUUUCUGCUGCCGGAAGAACCAUGAGCUUUCUUUUUGGAAAAAGUUCAAACAAGACAUUCAAGCCCAAGAAGAAUAUCCCGGAGGGUUCUCAUCAGUACGAGCUGUUGAAACAUGCAGAGGCUACGCUGGGAAGCGGAAACCUGCGCAUGGCAGUCAUGCUGCCUGAGGGGGAAGACUUAAACGAGUGGGUCGCAGUCAAUACUGUGGAUUUCUUCAACCAGAUUAACAUGCUAUAUGGCACCAUCACAGACUUCUGCACUGAGGAAAGCUGCCCAGUCAUGUCAGCUGGUCCCAAGUAUGAAUAUCACUGGGCUGAUGGAACCAACAUCAAGAAGCCAAUCAAAUGCUCGGCUCCCAAGUACAUUGAUUACCUCAUGACCUGGGUGCAAGAUCAGCUGGAUGAUGAAACACUCUUCCCUUCAAAGAUUGGUGUCCCCUUUAAGCGCAACUUUAUGUCUGUGGCGAAGACCAUCCUGAAGCGUCUGUUCAGGGUCUACGCUCACAUCUACCACCAGCACUUUGACUCUGUCAUGCAACUGCAAGAGGAAGCCCACCUCAACACAUCAUUCAAACACUUCAUCUUUUUUGUUCAGGAGUUCAACCUCAUCGACAGGAAAGAGCUGGUCCCACUACAGGAGCUGAUUGAAAAACUGACAACCAAGGAUAGAUAAACAACAAUGUUUCCUUUAUUUUAUUGGUCUCCUAGUUUUGCACAGAUACCCACCCCACCCUGGCUGUAUGUAUGCAGUAUAUACUAUAUUUCCAUUUGGGGAAAUGUUUUUAAUAAGGCCAGGACUAAGGAAGGGUCUUGAUAGGUUAAGGCACCAGGACUAAGGCUAUCAGGGAUUACACACUUAAUUGAACAAAACCACAUAUUAACAUAUUGGAGAAAAAUGUUUUAGCUAUAUGGAGAUGUUCCCAGUAUUCAGCCAUGACUUAGAAUAAGUAGUAUAGACCCAUAUUCUUUUGGUUUUCAUUUAGACUGCACUUUUCUUUUUUUCUUCCCCCAUUAUGAUUUAUGGUGACACAAGGCUAUUUCAUACACUUGAAGUUUUCUGUCUUUUCUGCAGGGGGAGAGUUGCGCGUUGGCGGGGUUGCUGUAUUAUAAUAAAAGAGUUUGGUCGGUUUUACAAGAUUUAAACCAGCCUUUAAGCCUAUUCAUCAACAGUAGCUAGCUAUCGUUUAUCUGCAUAGUGGGAGCUUGGUUGUGGUUUGCUAUGGUUCACAUCCGUUGCCCUCAUCUCAGUACAUUUAAAGAAUCCUAAGUGCCUAGCAUGGCUCAUAAUCACCCUAUAUCAACAGUGACGACUGCGAGAGGAACAAGGCCACAUAAUCCUUUCUUUAUUAAACCACUCUUAUUAUUGACGCCACAGAAAUUUCCACCUCCCCUCUUCUAAAGUUCCUGUGGCUCUGACUUCCUUCUUAUACCCCUGUUGUACUGUAACUGUUUUUUCCCCCCUCUCAUACUUGUCGCCAACUUUGUCUUUAUUUAGUUAGAAAGUUUGCAAAGUGCGCCGCGCAGGUAAUGAUAAAUGAAUGUGUUGAGGCUAGAAUAUUGUCAUGUUGUAGCAGGGGCUGAAAAUGAACUAAGCUUAGUGUUUUCUAGUGACAUACUCCCUGUGUAUUAUUUUCCUCUCCCACUAAAGCUGAGUAGCUCUGUCUUCAACAGCUCGAAAACUUUAAAUUGUAUAUAAAAGCCCUGAAAUAGAAGUAGUGAACUGUGUAAUUACAAGCAUUUUUUUUUUUUUUUAAAAUCGGAUAACACCACAUCCCCUGUUAUCUCACUCGCCAUAAAGCACUUUGAACAAUUUUCCUGACCUCUCUUGCCUUGAAUGUCUCUUCUGCAUAGGCCCUGCUUUGUGAGAAGCUGUUACCAUGUGACCGAUCAUAGUUUGGUUCCUCCCUCAUAUCUCCCCAAAUGAAUGUCGAAUUGCUUAACCUCCUCCCAUAAAGGCACAAGUGAGAUUUCUGAACGCUUUUGUACUGUCUGAGUUGUUUGCGGCGGCGCUUCAAACAGCAGAUGCAUGUCGUUUCCCCACGUCCGAGUGUAGGUUUCUAUGCAAUAAUUGACACAACACUAAAAAGGGUCCCCAGUCGGCUCAUUCAUACUUUAUCCAAUGUUAUUUCUUCUUUAUAAUGCUUACUGUCCGGUGUGUGUGCGUGUGUAAGGAUCGACUUGCUUAUCUUUAAGGUUUUUGGUGACAUUUUAUAAAUCUUACUCUGAAAUUUUCUGAAACACAAAAAUGCACACAUGUAAAUACUGCGAGUUUGACCUGUCUUAAAAUAAAUUUCAGUGAGCAUGAAGUGGUAGCUUUUGGUAAAAAUGAAUGCUUUGAGUCUUUUUAGAGGCUGCUUUCCCCUCCCCUCUUUUUUGGAUAUUAAAGUUUUGUUUGUUUUAA